AUGGCUUAUCUCUCGGCGGCUCGCAAGGGCGCGACCAUCUUUGGAGGAUUGUAUGCAGCGGCCAUAUUGGCCGUCAUGAUUCCCUACAUACAAACACAGUGCGUCCAAAUUUAUCUCUUGAAUAACACACGCCCACAUCCAACACUAGUACUCUGGUAUGCACUACGUGAUCUUGUCCCGCUUAAUCAACUCGUUCUCGUGUUGCAGUUUCUUCACGCCCUCAAAAUUCCUCUUUUCUCCGAUUACAACACGCCAGAGAAGUACGGGCUAGCUCCGAACAAGACUGCGAAUCUCAAGAUCUCGACUGCCGAUGGAGAGCUGCUCGGGGCGUGGUUCAUCCUCGCAGAUCAGUUCUACCACUCUCUACCCUCGCAUUCGGCCCCACCAGUUGAGCAUGUUGGUGCCGCGUUGAAAGCGCGUCCUACGGUCUUGUUCUUCCACGGAAACGCCGGAACGCGGGCCUUCGGUGCCCGCAUUCAACACUACACGACAUUUUCCUCGAGAUUAUCGGCCAACGUCCUGGCAAUCGACUAUCGGGGCUACGGAGACAGCACUGGCACACCCAGCGAGGUUGGCUUGGCGCGUGACGCUCGGGCUGCCUGGAACUGGCUAAUAGACAAUGGGGCACUGGCCAGUGACAUUCUCAUCGUCGGCCACAGUCUCGGGACUGGCGUAUCGUCUCUACUUAGUGCUGAAUUGUCAGAUGAGGAAAUCGCACCCAAGGGCGUGGUGCUUCUGUCGCCAUUUUCAAGUAUUUCGAAGGUUGUAGAGACUUACAGCAUGCUGGGAAUAUUCCCGCUUAUACGCCCGUUGGCGUCCAUUCCUCGGGCGACAGAGUUCUUGAUGAAAAGGCUGAUCCACAAAUUUGAUACGGACAAGUUGGUGCCAAGAAUGAAAGGCCAAAUUAUCAUUGCACAUGCAGGCGAGUGCGGUUCUCGACAUCCAGGCACUGGUUCUCAGGAUCGGCCAACAGAGAAUGACUGGGACAUUCCAUAUACGCACUCCGAAGCGCUGUUCACAGCCUUCCUCGACCCCCAUUUGCCCCAAAUGAUUGCGUUGCCUCCCCAUCUGGCCUCAUUGUCCCAAGAGCAGUGGUCUGAAUUCACGAGCAGGGCUGCAGAAAGAAGAGAAGCCCGCGAAGCCCUGGUCUCCACAACGGAAAUCCCCAAGUUCGGAACCCUGCACAAAUUCAACGACGGCAAGCGCACGGUCACGCACGUCCAGACUCUACACGGCGGACAUGAUUAUGUUGGAAUUCAAGAAGGUGUCAGCGAUAUUAUUGGCCAGACUUUCGGAUUCUUCUGA